AUGGAUCAAGUAGAACAAGAGGAUUCACAUCCUCAGCCUCGGACGGAGGAGCUUGUUACAUCUAUCGAAGAGGAUGGCGUUAUCACCGAUGACAAAUGGAAGGCUAUGAUGGAUGUUACAAUGGCGAUAUAUGAUUUUCGUGAGCCAGAUGGUCACGAUCCAUCACGACUUUUCCACCGCAGUGUCAACAAGCGCCUUGUCCCAGACUACCAGGAUAUUAUUAAGGAGCCGGUAGCUCUUAGUAUUCUGAAGCAGAGAAUCAACAAGCGUGAAUACAAGCAGUUCUCUGAUUUUGUGCGCGAUUGCGCCUUGAUUUCCCACAACGCGCAAACUUACAACAGACCCAAGUCGCAAGCCUAUGAAGAUGCUCUCGUGAUAAAGGAGGUUUUCCACGAUCAAUUCAAGAAGCUUGUUACCAACGGCAUAAUCACUCCCGAGGAAGCCAAAUAUCCUGACCUAGGAGAGAUUCCUGAGGCGGAUCCUUUGCCCGAUGACGACGAGGAAGAAGAGGAGGAAGAUGAAGAUGACGAAGAAGAUUCUGAAGACGAGGGACGCCGCCGAAAGAAACCUGGCCCAAAACCUGGCUUCAAGCGUGGCACGAAGGAAUCGCAGAAACAGGAGCCGGAUCUUCGCAAAAAACGAGGUCGGCCUCCUCGCGUGGAUACUCCGAUGGAAACUCGCAUUAAAACCAUUCUUAAGGGAAUCCGGAAGUUCAAGGGACCCGGUGGCCAUUUGAAAAUCGCUCACUUCGAGCGUCUUCCAGAUAAGGCUGCUUAUCCGGAUUACUACAUGGAGAUUAAGGAACCGAUUGCCAUCGACAUCAUCAAGCGCAAGGCCAAGCGCAAGAAGUACAACUCCGUCGACCAUUUCAUGCGGGAUCUCGACCUCAUGUUCGAUAACGCUAAGGCCUACAACCAAUCGGAAAGUCAAAUUUACCGAGACGCUGCUGAUUUGCAAGUGGAUGCCCGGAAAUUGGCUGAGCAGGAGAAGAAGAAACCCGACAGCGAAUACUUGAUGGAAGACGGUAGAUUCCCGUUGCCAAAUGGUAUUCUACAUCGAGGCGAGCUGUGGAAGGUUGGAGACUGGGUUCACAUUCAAAACCCUAAUGAUGUGACGAAGCCCAUUGUGGCGCAGAUCUAUCGGACAUGGCAAGAUUCCGAGAAUGAACAAUGGAUCAAUGCAUGCUGGUAUUAUCGCCCUGAACAAACAGUUCACCACUUUGAGAAACAUUUUUAUCCCAACGAGGUGGUGAAGACCGGUCAAUACCGAGAUCAUCGCGUCGAUGAAAUCGUUGACCGUUGUUUUGUCAUGUUCUUCACUCGUUAUAGCCGGGGACGCCCACGGGACUUGGCACCCGACAAGGAGAUCUAUGUUUGCGAAGCUCGAUACAACGAAGAGAAGCACAAGCUCAACAAGAUCAAGACAUGGGCGAGCUGCCUGCCAGAUGAGGUGCGCGAGAAGGACUACGAAAUGGACCUCUUUGAUUUGCCUCGGAAGAUCAAGAAGAUCCCCAGUCCAAUUAAGCAUUUGCUGAAGGAGGAUGCCAAAGAAACGGAUGAUCUUCCCCGACCAACCUGGGGAGCAGACAAUGCGCCGCCUGUCGUUGGUGCUGUUCACCGUCGCCCUCGUGACGAGAAUGAAUCUCCACCACCAGAGCCAACCCCAUCUCCACCACCUACUCUACCUCCAUCCGCCAUGGCAUCUGUCACCCCCGGUCAAUCUAUGAGCCAGCCCCUCUUAGGUGCUACCAUGGGCUCGAGCCAUAUCGCGGCUCCACUUCAGACACCUAUACCGACACCUGCUGUAGCUCAGACGUCACCAGCACCUAUUCCCCAAGCGACAUUCCAGCCUCCAAUGAACCCGCAGAUGUACCAAGGUUCCAGCCAACGUCGCCCGAGUAGCUUCGUGCCUCAAACGCCAACUGGCGUUUAUCAAGCAUCACCGGCAGCGCAUCAAUAUUCGGCAGCACAGCCAACGCCAUAUGCGGCCCCCUACUCCACCAACCGUGCUCAUGCCGCGGCACCUGUGUACAAUCCCAAUGCUCCCCGUGCAGUGGAAGUCUUCCACCUUGGGGAUGCGGCCAACGCAGCCAUUCCCGCCGACAUUCGACAGCAAUUUCAUUGCGACGAGAGAGGCCAUGUCUUAUUCUUCACGGCCCCUCCUCUAGAUAUCAUCACACCAGCUCAGCCGGAGUUGACACACUCUCUCAAAUAUCUUGCUACCAAAGAGGAGCGUCAGAAGCACGUCGCAGAAAGGAAGCGCAAGCGAGAGGAAGAAGAGAAACAACGAGUGGAUGAUGAAAAGCGACAGCGUGCCAAUGAAGAGACUGACAUUACAGUCCGGCUCGAGGCACUGGGCCCGAGGGCCAUUGGAUGCAUGAUGAAACAAGUCGUCGCCGGCACGGAGGAGCUAUACAAGCUACUUUAUCAAGAUCAAGCCGACAACGCCCGUGCUGCAGACUUGAAAUCUCGCGAAAUUAGAAUUCUAGCUGAUCGUUUGGCUCGUCAAAAGACAAGCCACAUCCAGCAACAGUCCAGGAAGAACUGA